AUGAAUAUCUAUCCUCAUCAGUCACUGAUUUAUGGGAUGGAAAAUGAUACGAGAGGCUGGGUCAUGUCUAUUAUCAGUGGUGUCGGUACUGAAACCUCUUUCCUAGAUUGGCGGAUUCAGGAUAGCGAGAAUUUUCUCGCCUCCUCAUUGAGUUUAAGUUUCGGGGUUAUGAUAUUCUCUGCACUCUUCAACAUACUUCCACAUUCUAAGUCUUAUCUGAUCAAAGGAGGCAACUCUUCUUCUGAAGCAACCUGUAUACUUUUGGCUGGAUUUUUGGGCGGUUUCACAACUAUUCAAGUUAUUUCGCGGUUUGUGCAUAAUCACACUCCUUCUCAUGUCGUGGAUUGUGAUCAUCUUCAUGAAGAAAACCUAUUAAGCCAUGGUAAGGCUAAUUCAAAAACCCAACCUCAACGCAGUAGCUUUUUAUUCACCCCACAUGACCAUGAGGAGAAUCAAGAGUCAAUAGAAACAAGCCCCCUAAUAUCACCAAGAAACACUUCGGUUUUCGAAAGACCUAAGGCUAAAAGUAACAGCGUCUCCAAGCAUAGUAUUGAGGCACCCAGUGAUCGGAAAAAUUCCCUUCUUCAAGUACAAAGCAAAGUCAUAUCUUUUGUCAAAGAUACGAAACAAAACUGUGAGUCUGAUGGACCAUGCUUUGGGUACUCUGAACUAUGCGGACAAAAUUGCUUCAAAAAUCCUAGCCAAAAAUCCUCUCUUUCAACACGCACAAGUACAUUGACUAGAUCAUAUACAAAGAAUCCUACAAUUUCCCAAAAAUCACAUAGUCCGACUAGAGUACCGACUAAAAAGAAAUUAUUAAUAGCCCAGACCUCAAUCCAAGCUACAUUACAAUCCUCUGGGCUCAGAUUAGAUGAGGUUGAGCGGAAUAGUCAAAAUGAUAAUCACGAGGUACAACACCAUCAUCAUGUACCUGAAAAUGCUUUCCUCAGUAUAGGAUUACAAACAUCGAUUGCAAUAGCCUUGCACAAACUCCCAGAGGGUUUUAUGACUUAUGCCACGAAUCAUGCUAAUCCAUCCCUGGGAUUUUCGGUGUUUAUUGCUCUAUUUUUGCACAAUAUCACAGAAGGAUUCGCGCUUGCUCUUCCCCUAUAUCUCGCUUUAAAUUCACGCAAGAAAGCGAUUAUUUAUGCCUCUAUUCUAGGAGGAGUUUCACAACCUUUAGGCGCCGGUAUUGCUGCUGGUUGGAUUCGAGUUGCCGGCCACCAGGGUUAUGAGCUUGACUCAGGCCUUUAUGGCUGCAUGUUUGCUAUAACAGCUGGCAUCAUGACUAGCGUGGCAAUGCAACUAUUUGUUGAAGGUCUGAGUCUCAACCACCGUAGCAAUUUGUGCAUGUCUUUUGGAUGUAUUGGCAUGUGCAUCAUGUGCCUAAGUAAUGCUCUCACAUCAUGA